CGCCUGCGAGCUGGCGUCAUGGCGGCCUUGACUGGCCCGGCCAAGCCGCUCCUGUCCCUAAACCCGCAGGAGGAUACCAAGUUUAAGAAGGAGGUGGUGCAGGUUUGCCGACGCGCAAGCAAGCAACAGGAGAAACAAAAACUUACUCCUGGAGUGAUCUAUGUGGGCCAUUUACCUCCGUCGCUUUAUGAAACCCAGACGAGCAUAUUUUCCCAGUUUGGCACUGUUACAAGAUUCAGACUGUCCAGGAGUACCACGACAGGAAAUAGCAAAGGCUAUGGUUUUGUGGAGUUUGAAUCUGAAGAUGUUGCCAAAAUAGCUGCUGAAACGAUGAACAACUACCUUUUUGGCGAAAGACUCUUGAAGUGUCAUUUUAUACCACCUGAAAAAGUACAUGAAAAACUUUUUAGAGAGUGGCAUAUGCCAUUUAAAAGGCCAUCAUAUCCAGCAGUGAAACGGUAUAAUCAGAAUCGGACACUUCUUCAAAAGCUACGGAUGGAAGAGCGAUUUAAAAAGAAGGAGAAGUCACUCAGGAAGAGAUUGGCUAAGAAGGGAAUUGAUUAUAACUUCCCUUCACUGGUCUUACAUAAAAAUGAGGAAAAUGCUUCAAACACUGGUCCUCAAAAUUCCAGAAAGCACCAGGCUUUACGUAAGAAGAAGAAAAAAGAGGCUUUGGUCACUCCUAACAAUCCUGAGAAGACUGUGGAUAGCCAGGGCCCCACGCCGGUUUGUGCACCAACAUUUUUGGAGAAACGAAAAUCUGAAGUGGCUAAAAUGAAUGAUGGUGAUAAAGAUAAUGAGAUAGUUUUCAAACAGCCCAUAUCUGGUGUAAAAGAAGAAACAAAAGACACUCAGACGCCUACAAGCUCAAGGAAAAAAAGAUGAAAAAAAAGCAACCAGUAAUUCUGAAUGUAUUGUGUGUGAUGGUUGUUCUGAAAAAGGUGAUUUUAUUAUGGAGGCUGAUUCUUUGUAUUUAACUAGAUACGGUGGAAUGCAUUUAGUAACAAGAUGGUUGGAGAAAAAAGCUGUCAAUUCAAGUCAGCAGGGAGAGCAGUCAGUGAUUUUGGCUUCCCGCCCUCGCAGAAAUGCAGGGGUGAGCACCAGCUCACAGCAGUCCGGCUCACGCUGCCUGUGUCCUGUCUCUACGGCUCUCUUCAGCUUUCAUAGCUGCCUUUGGUUGCUCUGCCUGGGUAGCUUAAGUACUAGGCUGUAGCCUUUGUUGUUACCAUCAAAUAAAGAAAAUAAAAUCUUUAUUAAGUGACCAUGUAAGUGGUUCUCUGUUAGACCCAUCAGAUGGCUGA